GACCUCAGUGCCGGCUAGAGAGCUUGGCACUUGAGUGCAGAGGAGACCCAGCAUACUCGAUUUUAAUUUAGAGCUCCUUCUCCUCCCUCUCUUGGCAAAAGAGAAGAAGACGAGGGGAAAACCCCCUCCUUCCCCCGCACUUCACCUGGACGCAGCCUCCACUGCUGCGUGGAAGGGGCGGGCGGCCAAGAAUUUCCACAUUGAUUAGUCAACGGUGGAAAAUCUGAAGCGAUGCGAGCAGGAAAAAGAAACUAAACCAGGCCUGCAGCGCGAUGCGACGGGCAUGAUGGAGGUCGAGUCCUCCUACUCGGACUUCAUCUCCUGUGACCGGACGGGCCGUCGGAACGCCGUUCCUGACAUCCAGGGAGACUCCGAGGCCGUGAGCGUGCGGAAGCUGGCUGGUGACAUGGGCGAGCUGGCCCUCGAGGGGGCAGAAGGACAGGCGGAGGGGGGCACCCCAGACAAAGAAGCAAGCAACCAGCCCCAGAGCAGCGAUGGGACCACCUCCUCCUGAACGUGGCCUUGCCUGAGGCGGCUGGAAGAGACGCGCUGUGGACGGGAGCCCCGGACUGGCCGGGCAGCCUGUCCUCUGAGCAGAGUGUGCCAGGCAAGCCAGGCCCGACUGAAAGGCAGGCCCUGGAGGCUCCGGCCCCACCAGGGGAAGGCCCUGUCCACACCCCCAGGCUCCCCGCUCCCACCUCCUCACCGCGCCGGGUGCACGUCCAGACACUCUACGCACAGGAUGGUGUUUAUCCAGCGGGCGCUGGGACUCAGCGGCUGGGUCCUGCCCGCCUGGGGCAGCGGUCUGGGCAGGGACCACGUCCUGGUUCUGCCCCGUCCUUUCCAUCCCUGGCCUUCUGUGUCAAGACCUUCUUACCCCUUUUCUAAAAAGCACUUUUAAACUUUUUAAAAACUUUAAACCUUUUCUCAGCAGAGAGGGAGGGAGCUGACAAUUUACCUUUUUUUGGAAACCAUUGUAAGCUAAACUCUUCGACCGUCUAUGCAGCUCUGAGGUUCCCUCAUGGAGCUUCACAGAUCCAUUUUUUAGGGAAGGGAUUUUGUGCUCAAAACUAUCUGAUUAGCUGUUUGCCCUUUCUACCCAGACAAAUGACACCUAGGACCCAGGAAAUAAAUGCAGAUGAUUUGUGUGA